UAAUCUUACAUACGUGGACCGAGUAUCGGACAGACUGCAUUUUAAACAUGAAGUAUCUCAUUGUUUUCGCCUUGUUUGCUGUGGUAUUUGCUGAUGUGAAGAAUGUUCGUCAGAAGUUUAAGGCGACUGCCGUUACGGCCAUAAAUGAACAAAUCACACGCGAGUUACAGGCCAGUUACUUUUACCAGGCCUACUCACAAUACUUUGCUCGCUCUGAUGUGGCACUGUCUGGCUUCUCCAAAUUUUUCUCGGAGGCCUCAAAAGAGGAAAGAUCCCACGCAGAGCAACUCAUGGAAUACAUCAACAAAAGGGGCGGGGACGUACAGCUGAAGGAUAUUAAGUUGCAAGAUGUCUGCAAUAUUGUAACCAAAGGACUGGAGGACGUCAAUUUCAGUUUCACGAAAACAAAAUCAUGUAUCUGUAACUUUAUGACCGGCGACAAAACGACUCUUUCAAGUUUGGAAUGUGAUAGUACCUUGCGUGAUGACUGGCACAACGGGCUAUUGGCCAUGGAGGACACACUGGUUUUGGAGCGUUACGUCAACGAAAAACUGCUGAAACUGCACGAAGAUUAUGACGAUGACGCACAUUUGUCCCAUGUCCUGGAGCACGACUUCUUGGAGGAACAAGUAAAUGCUAUCAAAGACAUAGCUGAUAAGAUCCGCCAGCUUAAGAGAGCAGGAAAGGGUCUGGGAGAGUAUUUGUUCGACCAGAAGAUGUAA